AUGUAUGGCCUGUUGCUGGAGAAUCUAGCCGAGUUCAUCAAGGUCGGCUACGGCGAGGACCAGUGGGAGGCGAUCCGGCGCGAGGCCAUGGUGGACAUGCCGUCCUUCUCCACCCACCAGGUGUACCCGGAAGGUCUGCUGCCCCGGCUGGCCAAGGUCGCCUGCAAGGUCCUGAAGGUCACAGAGCAGGAAUUCUUCGAAAACAUGGGCGUCUUCUUCGUGAACUUCGUCGGCCAGUACGGAUACGACCGAGUGCUCUCCGUCCUGGGGCGGCACGUGCGGGAUUUUCUCAAUGGCCUGGACAACCUGCACGAGUACCUCAAGUUCUCUUACCCGCGCAUGCGGCCGCCGUCCUUCUUCUGCGAGAGCGAGACGGCCACGGGCAUGGUGCUGCACUACCGCAGCAAGCGCAGGGGCUACGGCUUCUACACCAUGGGCCAGAUCAAACAGGUGGCGCGGCACUUUUACGACACAGAUAUGAAGAUCGAGCUGGUGCGCGAGGACUCCUUCAUGGACUCGUUCCACGUGACGUUCCAGCUGACAUUCGACAACCAGGCCUACCGCGAAGCGCACUCGUUCCAGCUGGUGCGGGACGAGCAGAGCUUGCCCAUCAGGGCCAGCAUUGUCUUCGAAUUGUUUCCCUUCUCCAUUGCCUUCACGUCAAACCUGGUGGUAAAGAAUCUGGGCCAGUCUAUGAUGACCAUUCUUCCGGAGCUGAUAGGAAAGAAGAUUGACGAGUGGUUCGACUUGGUUCGGCCGCUAGUCGAGUUCCGGUUUUCUGGGAUACUGAAGAAGACGAACAACAUAUUUGAGCUGAUCUCUAUCGACGCGCCUUCCCGCCUCCGCUCCAUGGACAGCAAGACCUACAACAAUCACAUGGUCGACAGCGACGACGAGAUGUUCGUCAAGGAGAAGAACCUGCGACUGAAGGAGCUGACCGAGACGACCGUUGACCAGCGGUGA